CCGUCGGCCACAUGCUUGUUUCCAUUUAGAUGUUAUUGGUGUGCCUGAUGUGUGCCUGAUGUGUGCCUGAUGUAUGCAUGUGAUGCGGCUAUGUUAACGAACUUCAAUCAAUCUCCAUGGAGACAAAGUAAGUGGCACAAGUUAGUGAUCAGAUAUGUGACCCAGCUCACAACAAGAAUGCAUCUUUUCAAUGCAUUUUUUGCUAUAAUGGCAUCUCCAUCCAUUUCCUUCCACUCAUCCGUAGAUAAUGAUAGCCAGGCUGGCGCCACCUAGUGCCUCCGCUCAAUUUAAUUUCUCUCCAGCGACUAGGUCAGAAAUCAGAAUACACUUGACAGUUCGCAAAAACCCUGGAAGUGCGAGUUCAGUCACCAGCCAAUCAGCGAAGAGCCAUACAUUCUGUGUUGGCAACGAUUCCCGAGAUCAAGGAUUUAAAGCCUGAACAAAGAGAAAGUUUGGUGAAUUUUAUCAAGGAGAAAGAUGUUAUUGCCCUUCUUCCUGCGGGAUUUGGAAAAAGCUUAAUAUACAAGUUAGCCCCUUUAGUGGUGCAUUGCAUACAUCACGACCAAAUAGCAGCGAUUGGUUAAAUGAAAAAAAGUACCCACUUGCCAUCGAGCGAACGAAUCUUAACGCUGCGAGGUCAGAUGGUUUCUACGAAGUGAAACCGGCUGAUGAAUCAGGCUAGGAUAAUAACAUCUGUAACUGAAUAAUGAGAAACAUCCCUCCAGAAAAGUUACAUGUAUUUGCAUCCACAUAAGGACAGUCCCUAAUCCCAGUCAGAAUUCCUACAUAACUAUCCAUGUUUCCAUUGUUAGACACAUACAGUAUGUUUCCAAUUAUCAAACUAAACCGCACAGUCACCUUAACCACUAAACAUUUUUUCUUAUCUGAACACACAAAUGACUUGAAUAUUUUGUGAUGUUUUUCUCUCAUCCUUAAUAUUAUUUUAAUCUUCUAUCGUGAUUCCCAGUAGGGUUCAAGUUUCAGCUUCCCAGACGCAAAAAGUCUUAAAAGAGCAUAUUCAAAAGGCAUCAAAGAUAUAUUUACAUGUCCUCAAAUUAGUUAAGAUUUUUGGGGGCAAAGUACAGUCAUGUCAAAGUUCAAAGUAGGAUUUUUUUGUGUGUGCACUUCAUGAAGAAAAGCAUGAAAAUUAUACAACACUUUUAUUCUUUUGUAAAUGAGAUAUUGAUUAUUUUUACUAUAUGACAUUAAGGUUUAAAUUUUUUUAUUUUUUUUUUUCAUUUUUUUAUCUUGGUGUUUUCUCAUCACAAAGAAUUAUCAUUGGUUGCCCUGAAACUAAGCUGAAUACUUUGACAGAACUAUGGCGCCAUCUAAAGACCAAAAAUAAGAACGAUUUCAAUGCUUAAUUCCAGUCCAAUUUCUUUGGACAUAUUUUUCCUUUCAUUUCAUAAUCUAAAUACUAAUAAUACAAUUAUUUUGUCAUGUCAGGUCAGAGAAUAGUUACAAUGUGGUGUUAGUUUAAGUUUUAAGUUGUGACAUUUUUACUCUUACACCAGUAAACCUUUAUGUGAAAUCUCUGCGUGAACUCCAUGGAUACGAUGACGACCAAGCAAGUAUAGUCCAGGUUUUGUUUAAAAGGUCUAGAUCUUGUAAAGUAGAAACACAGGAGGUGGGUUUUGUGUAGACAGCAGCCUUUAUAACAGGAGGUGGUGGAGUGACUGGUACCUCCGUUGUAAAGUAUAGAUUCACUCAGACUGUGGCGUCAGACAAGAGAUGUUUGUUACUGUUCUUUUUGGGGAUGACAGAAUGGAACUGUUCAACCCUGAUUGUAAACUAAUUCAUUUCAUCCAUGAUCUGAAGCUCAGGUGUGGGCUGGAUUCUGAAGAUCAUGUGGAUUUGAUGGACAGCAGAGGGACUGUGAUGAAACUGGAGGGGAGAGAGCAAAGUCUGGACCGUGCCAAUGCUCUGCUCAAAGAUCGUCACAAAUAUAUCCUCGUACGCGUCUGUAGGGUUGAUGGAGAGUGUAAAUAUGUUCCUCUGCUGACCAAAACCCAAAGACAACCAGAGUUUACUGAGCUGUUGAGGAAACUGUCCACUGGCCAAAAGAGACUGGGCCGAAGAGGUCAGAGACAUGGUUCCCUUAAACCAAGGAACAGGAGCAAAAACAACAAACUUUGUUUUCUAAAAUAAAAUGCUUCAAUUCAAGACCUCUGUGCUAUUUCAUAGUUUGUAGGAUGAUAGAAAUAAUGUAAUGUAAUAGGCUAUGGUUAUGAUUUUGAUUAUUAUUUAAUCAUGGCCUAUCAUGCAGAGGAUCCUGGCCGGGCUACUAUAUCUACACCACCAGAAGGUGGAAGGAGCAAAUUCUCUGUAACGUGCAGAUCUCACAUGGUAAAAAUACUGCAUGCUCUGGCUUGAUCCUGCAGAGUAACUCCUGACU